GAUGGGUGUUAUCAAAGAGACUUCCUACAUACACUACGGAGGGACGGACGAACAGUCGACAAACAACAAUGCUAGCACUGCGCAGGAGAAGCCGUUUCGCAUCGCGGAAACGGUCGAAGCGUUCCAAUCGCGCGAUAAAGCGGAUUUAGUCCCGGACGAUAGAAAGUUGUCUCCACAAAAAGCUGUCCAGUAUCGCAAGUUCACCUUGGUGCUGACUGCUAUUUCUCUGCUGAUAACCUUGGUGCUUGGCAUCACCAGUCUCAUUUUAUCUGUUGCCGACAACAGUGAUGCCGCUUUUGCAUUUGCAUUGGAUUGCCUGCUGGACUUUCUCUCUUCCAUGGUGGUGCUCUGGCGGUUUUUUGGGAAGGUGGGAAACUUGUACUCCCAGCACAGGGAAAAACUGGCCUGCAUACUGCUAAGUUUGCUGUUCAUGAUCUCUGCUGUGUGCGUAUCCGUGAAGGCUGUAUAUAAUCUACUCGAGCACAAGGCGCCUGAGAAGCACUUGUCAAUUUUCCCGCUGUUCCUCGGCAACACGAUCGCUUGCGCGCUCCUCGCUGUUGGCAAGUACUACUUCGGCUUCCAACUGGAGAGUCGGGCUCUCCUCACAGACGCGUUCAAUUCGCUGAUCGGCACGUUGAUGGGAGCCGUCGUCAUGGUGAGCGUGAAGGUGUACGACGUCAACCCGGACAUAUGGUUUCUGGAUUCUUCGGCCAGCGUCUUCUUUUCUGGGGUGCUCUUCCUGUACGGACUGUGGUUGCUCUAUCAUUCCGUGACUGAGCAAUGAUGAAUUCCUGCAGCGUGGUAGGUGACAUGAUACCUGUCAACGAAUUCAAUUUGGCCACUAAGCACGAAUCGUCAACACCAACUAGUAUGGCAAUAUAUUAAUAUAACUUUGGAGGGCUUAUUUUAUGUAGUAUGAGAGCAUUGCAUGGUACAGUGUCUUGGUAAAGCUGAAAAAUGUUGGUGGAUGUAGAGUGAGCACACGUGGAUUCAAGCAGGGCUUUACAGUUGCGUGUCUCUAUAUGCUGUUUAUAAACGAAUCUUCGUCUUGGCUUUGUCCAUAUAGAUAAUUUUGUAUUAGCCAAGAUUUCAAUCGAAGUUUCUGCUUUCCACUCAUUACGAGUUUACUAUUAUGUGGGAAUACGAAAUUUUUUUUUUUUCUGAAAGUGAAAGAGAGGGAGAGGGAACGAAAGAGAGAUAGAUAGAUAGAGAGAGCAAGAUCGAUAGAUGUUUAUCGCACAUAUCGGACGACGUUCAGUGCAGCUAUGACACGGUAUUUGUGAUCCCGGGGGCUCAAAAGGGUUAUUUGCUCUAUCGUAUGUUCAACGAGUAAUAACAUGCAUGCAUUUAUUUUCUGUAAUGAUGUGAACCUUUUUUAAGUGCCUUAUACAUUUACUUCUCAAUAUAUAUAUAUAUAUAUACGUUAACUUAUAAAAUUGUUAAGGGUGUGGACAAAGUUGUGUGCUUACAUUCGUAAUGACGUUUUUUUUCACAUUGAACAGAUAUUUAUUAGAUAAUGUUUUUCUGUGGUAUAGAGGUGACUGCUACCGUCCUGUGCCUUUGCUGGUGUUAAGAACACUGGUGCUUGUUUAGCAAUUUGUGCCAUUAAUUUGUAAAUUUUUGUGAUAAUAUGAAAGGCAGUUGUUCUACGUGGUUAUUAGCGUAACGUUACUAAUCAUUGUCGUUCCCCGCAAUAAUAUUGUAAAUAUAUAUAAUACGUGCAAUACAUCUUUAUAUCGUAUUUUUCAAGUGUAAAUGUAUCAAUAUAUUUGGCUUCCGUAUGUUCAUGCGGAGUUAUUUAUAAUCAACAUAUAUAUGGCGUGACCGUUAAAUGUCUGUGUAGACGAUAAAUGAACUGGUCCAGUGAUUAGUGAUUGUGACUCCUUCCCGACAGUUAUGUGAAAAUUUGUUUGAACAUGCAUGUUGGUGUAGGCUUUCCUCUGAACUUUUUUUUCUCCAAAUAUUCUUGAUGUGUACGGCGUUGCUGUGUUACAGUUGUUGUUGUUAUUUAGACCAUUUGCACUGUUCGACCAAUUCAAAUUAAGUUUGGAAAGUUUUGGUGGAUUUUGUGCAAUAAAUGUCAGUGUGAAAAACUUA